UGUAGUUCGUCCGGUUUGGGCCUGCGGUAGGACUUUUCCAGUCAGCUCCCAGGUCCACCCCAGUGGGGACAAGCUCAGGCGGCACUCCUGUCCCGCGCUCCCGCCCUCUUGCCUUUCAUUCCAGCCGCCAAGAUCUUGGAAGCCUUGAAGCCCAGCAAAGAAGGGAAAUCCACUGAGAAGAGUCUGGAAAGGUGUCCUGGAACAACCUGCUCGGUCACGCCUCUGCAGAAACUCUCCAUCCUGCACUGAGGAGUCCAAGGAGGUAGCACUCAUCUGCACAGUAGGAUUUCACUGUGAGACCAUGUCGUUUAGAUUUGGCAAACAUCUUAUCAAGCCCUCUGUGGUUUUUCUCAAAACUGAACUGUCCUUCGCCCUGGUGAAUAGGAAACCUGUUGUACCUGGCCAUGUCCUCGUGUGCCCACUGAGGCCAGUGGAGCGCUUCCGUGACCUACAUCCUGAUGAAGUGGCCGAUUUGUUUCAAGUGACCCAGAGAGUUGGGACGGUGGUGGAGAAGCAUUUCCAGGGGACCUCCAUCACUUUCUCUAUGCAAGAUGGUCCUGAAGCUGGACAGACUGUGAAGCAUGUACAUGUCCACAUUCUUCCCAGGAAGGCAGGGGACUUCCGCAGGAAUGACAACAUAUAUGAUGAGAAAGAAUGACUUAGAAGAGUGAGCAUCUUCGCUGAGCAUUCAUUAGACUAGGAAGCAAUGUGAUGAUGGAGAUCACCUCACAGACAAAUGUGGCCAGUGUUCUUAGCUAUCCUUUCUCCUUAGAGGCCGAAAUGAACUAAAAUGGCCCAAAUGGCCUAAAUGGCUGCAGAAUUUAUGUCUCCUCCAAACUACAAUUGGACUCAACUGUCCCCCUAGAAACUCACAUCAUCUGUGAUGAUAAAUGAAAGAGCCAUUAAUACCCACCGAGGCCCACAGAAAGUUGUUCUGCCAAAAAGAAACAUUUCUUUCAAAAAGAACUCUCGAAAAGAAAAUGACAAGAUCUGAAAUUAAAGAUCAAAGGAGUAGGGUUGAUCUUCAUAGAAAAUCCAUCCCAGGAAGAAAUAUGACCUAAAGCAAACAGACACUAUUACAGCAGCAUAUGCACUAUUGAAAAAGAAUCAAACCUUCUACAAGGCGCAGGAAGGGAUGCUUCGGAGGUGCUGGUGGGAAGAGAGGAGGAGGCCCCAGAGGGAGACUACAGCACUUCAAACAGCAAACCCAGGCAAAUAAACAAAACCUUUGCUUUGUUUUACCAAAACAUACACAGCUCUGCGGAUUUCAAAAAGUCCUUUGAAAACCCCUUUGCAGAACUAGCUGGAGAAUACUACCUGGAAGCCUUCCCUAAAGGAAACAUAUGUGAAGAUUUUAGAUGGCAUCUACAAGAAAGUAGUUGGCCCCAGCAGGGGAGGGGAGAGACGAGUUGUUAGGGGAGUGGAAGUUAUUAGGGCAGGAAUCAUUGAGAAAAGGUGUGGGGGGGUCAAAGGGAAGAGUAGAAUUGGACAGAUAAAUUACUUUCAACACAUUGUUUGAUGACAUGGACUCUUCUAGUAUGGUGUUAACACACCGUGGGCUCAGUUUUCCCUUAAGCAAGUGGUAAGAAGUAUUUUCACCAAAGCUAAAUACUCUUCCCAAGAGACGCCUUCUCUAACUAAACAGAGAAGGGGGAGAUGCCAGAAGCCAGGACCCUCACCCUUACCCUUACCCCCUACCUUUCC